AUGAUUAACCAUCGACCUCAUUUACGUUCGAUUCUGUUAAUUGUGCAAGACUUAUUAUCUGAUAAUGAUCGUCGCCGCCUUCAUUUUUCAUUCGGUGCUACGAUUUCAAGACGUUUAAGAGAUAAUACAUCAUUAGAUGGAACAUUAAAUAUACUGGAAACUCUUUUUGAUAUGAAUAUCAUUUCUGAACAUGAUUCUACGUACUUAAUUGGUAAAUUUCAAGAAAUAAACUGUUAUAAUGCUGCUGAACGACUGAAAGUAAAACUUCAAGAAUGCUGGAAUCCAGAAGGUAUAGCCGUGGCUGGCACUGGUCUUUCUGAACAUAACAUCUAUGACUUAAAUACACCGAUGGAUAUCUUAAUCGAUGAUAAAGAC